UCAGGAGACCCUGCCCCAGCCUAAGCACAGCGCUGCAGCCAUGAUGGAGGAAGAUGUAGAAGUAUGGCAACAGGUGUUCCAGGAGCUGAUUCAGGAGGUAAAGCCAUGGCACAAAUGGACCCUCGUGCCAGACAAGGACCUUCUUCCUGAUGUUCUGAAGCCAGGAUGGACUCAAUACCAGCAAAAGACCUUUGCCAGGUUCUGCUGUUCCUCCUGCUCUCGAAGUUGGGCCUCUGGCUGCGUCCUGAUGGUCUUCCACAUGUUCUGGUGUGAGAAGAUGGGCAAGGGACAGGUGAAGAUGAGGGCCUUUGCUCAGAGAUGCAACAAGUGCCCUAAGGCUCCAUUUAUGGCUCCGGAGUUCACGUGGGACAACAUCUCAAGGAUCUUGAACAAUCUGCUCUUCAGAAUUCUGAAGAAGUGCUACAGAGAAGGUUUUGAGCAAAUGGUGAUGAUGGUAGUUUCUAGACUUUGUCCUUCAGCACAAGCCACAGUUCCUGUAAGAUGUAAUCCAUAUACAAAGAGACAGUAA